AUGGCUGGAGAGGCAGGCAAGGCAAGGACGGUUCUGCUGGCCACCGAGAAGGCUUUUGCGGCGGCCGCUGUGACAAAAAUCGAAGAUGUCCUCAAGGCUGCGAACUACACCCUGAAGAAGCUCGAAAACUACAAGAGCAAGGAAGAUCUUCUUGGAGCUGUGACCGAUGCCGAUGCUAUGAUCAUCCGAAGCGACAUUGUGGAUCAGGCAGUGCUGGAUAAGGCUGCAAAGAUGAAGAUCGUGGUUCGUGCAGGCGCUGGAUACGACAACAUCGAUCUCAAGGCUUGCGAGGGCAAGGGGAUCACUGCCAUGAACACCCCCGGUCAGAACGCCAAUGCCGUGGCGGAGCUCGUCUUUGGCAUGAUGAUCGUUAGUGCCCGCAACAACUUCGAUGGCACCAGUGGUUUCGAGCUGGUCAACCGUGAGAUCGCCUUCUACGGCUUCGGAGCAGUGGCUCGUGCUGUGCACAAGCUGGCGCAAGGCUUUGGCAUGAAGAGCUUUGCCUACGAUCCUUACAUCCCUGCCGACAAAAUCAAGGAGAUGGGGGCUGAGCCGGUUGAGACUGUCGCGGGCCUCUUUGAACACCAGUAUGUUUCCCUCCACGUGCCUCUCACCGACGAGACGAAAGCCUCGAUCAACAAGGAGCUGCUGGGAAAGAUGCCCAAGGGUGGCACCCUGAUCAACACCGCACGACUGGAGGUGGUGCACGAAGCAGACAUGAUCGAGGUUCUCAAAAGCCGGCCUGAUUUCUGCUACCUCUGCGACGUUGCGCCCAAGGACAUCGAGCCCUUCAAAGCCGCGGUGGGCGACAAGUAUGGCAAGAGGUUGAUCUUCACGAAGAAGAAGAUGGGUGCCCAGACAGCCGAGGCAAAUGACAACGCCGGCGUAGCGGCGGCGAACCAGAUUGUGGGCUUCUUCGAGAAGGGCUCUGGCUCUGUUCCUUGCAUUCUCUUUUCUUUUAUGACUGUGGUGAAGGAGGAUCAGAUCUGCUCGGUCAACGGUGAGUGCGAAGUGGAUGUGAUGAAACAGCUGCUGAAGACCGACAUCCUCUUGGUGUUUCAGCUCCACGCCCAGCCACUAGUUCCGAAAAGCCAGAUUCGUUGUAAUUUGCCUUCGGUGUACAGUCCUCGGGCCCAGAAGCCACCACCAGGAGCCGCAAUGCAUCUUCUCCGAAAGGUGACAACUGGGGCGGAGAAGAUGGCCAAGACGGCCGUCCGGUCCCAAGAAACUUCUUCUAGGAUAAAAGCUUUGCGAGGGCCACAUGCUGCCAGUAGUAUCUCGGCUGGUCAGUUGCCUUUGCUGAUGCUGGUGCAUCUCCCAAAGCUUCAAGACUUGGAACUGGCUGCCUCUGCUGCCUGUGCCGAGACCUUCAAAAGCCAGAAGUACACCUUCCAGAACAUGCUGGAGAUGCAGGUUCGGAUACUGCUGGAAGAGGAUGCAGAAGGCAUGCUACAGGCUGCAAAGCAGGACCUGGAUACUGGCAUCCCGGUGGUCGGGAAGCGCAGGGAAGAGCAUGCAAGGAGGAUCCGGGAACAGUACAAGCUGAUCGUCGAUACUACUCGACCUUUCAUGGAGUUUACGGUACUCCCUGAGCAGUUCAGAACUGUCAACAUGCGAUCUCCCAUGGUCCUCCUGACUGUGGGGAUCUGCUUGCCCGAUGGCGUGCUGAGCAUUAUCAUGGUAAAGCAGAAGCUGACACCGUCGGAGUUGGCCUUCACCAUCAAUGCAGGCUACCUCCGCACACCCUCGGCGAAGAAAGUCCGUGCGGACAGCCUGGAGGAGGCGGUUCUCUCCUUCGGUCUGCCAGUUGGUUUUGCGCGAGAAGCGCUUCUGGAGGAUGUCGGGCGCAGCGAAGAAUCUGGUGCACUUGGUAAGACACCUGGCGCCACUCCGCGGGGUGGGGCAACCCCCCGACCAUCUGUGCCAGACGUGCAGGUGCAGCCUCAACGGCUGCCUCCGAAGGCUGGAAUGGGUGCGGAUCGGGUUCCCAGCGCUGCGGACCAGGAAUGGGAAGCGUUGAUGCAGCAGGCACAGCCCCAGCGACUCCCACCGAAGCCUGGAAUGGCUGGGGAUCGGGCUCCCAGCGGAGCAGAGCAGGAAUGGGAAGCGUUGAUGCAGCAGGCGCAGCCUCAGCGACGUGGAAUGGGUGCUGAUCGGGCCUCCAGCGGAGCAGACCAGGAAUGGUCAGGGUUGAUGCAACAGCAGGCGUCGCAUCGGCCUGCUCGCGGGCCAGUUAGGGCGGGCAGCGCUGCCGACCAAGAAUGGGAAGCGAUGCUGCAAGAGGCGAAGUCUUCUCGCCCAGCGCACACACCGACUGUUGCAGAAAUGGAAUGGCAAGCACCCUGCCAGGCUCCAUGCCAGCCUGGGCAGAACGAGUGGGAUGCCUUCCUCCAGCAAGAGCUGCAGAAACAAAGAUCAUCCAGGAUGCCGGAGGCAGAUCCCCAGGUAAUGCACGCACCCGCUGCACUUGGCUCUGGAACCUCGACCCCAUCGCAGCCGCCGCGGCCACGCUCGGCACACACAUCCUUUGCAAGACAGCCGCCACCGUGGCAGCACGGUGUCAACAUGGCUGAGACCCAGGCAAGGCAAGCCGGCACCUAUGCGGUCCAGAGCCACCCUAGCCAUGCUGGCCAUCGUUCGCUUCCCACACGCCCAGCUGGUUCGAAGGAGUCCAAUUCGUGGCCAAGUCGCUCCGUUCCCUCGGAGCCUCCUCCGCUGCCUCCUCCUUCCCGCGCCCCUCCCACGGCAGCCGCGGCAGCCCAGGCGCCUCCCACAGGCACCUGGCCGUGUGGGACACAGCCAGGAUGCGAGGAGACGGAGGGCUGGCCGGGCAGCUCGAUGCGGCAGGAUCACGCAGCUGGCAUGACGAGACCGGCAGCCCCCACUACAGAUGCCAUGCCAGGAGGUAUCGUGCCACGCGGAUUCAUCCCAGUCGAGGGCCAGGUGGAGUUCUUCUCGCAGCCGCUGCGCCGCUAUGUGCCAGCUUUGCUAGUGGGCCUUGCGGUGGAAGCGACAAGUGCCGGGCCGCCGGGCUCCCUCUGCGUCGUUCCUUCGGGCUGCGCUCA